UGGACGCGACGAAGAAAAGGAGAAAAACGGCUCCGAGACUUGAAGACUUCACCAUGUCAGCUAAUGGGGCAGAGGCUGGUGCUCAGGCUGAAGAGGAGCCCACACAGCAGAGCGUGGUGGGCCGAGUGGCUAACAUGCCCCUGGUCAGUUCCACCUGCAACAUGGUCUCUGCUGCCUACACCUCCACCAAAGAGAGCUACCCCUAUGUUAAGUCUGUCUGCGACAUGGCAGAGCAGGGCGUGAAGACCAUCACAGCGGCUGCUGUCAGUGGCGCCCAGCCGCUCCUGACCAAACUGGAGACUCAGAUUGCCUCUGCCAAUGAGUAUGCUCACAAGGGACUGGACCGGCUGGAAGAGAAACUGCCAAUCCUUCAACAGCCUUCAGACAAGGUCAUUGCCGACACAAGGGAGCGGGUGUCAUCUACUGUGACGGGGGCUAAGGAUGCAGUGACCAGCAGAGUGACUGGGGCAGUGGACAUGACCCGAGAAGCCGUGCAGAGUGGCAUGGACCUGACCAAGUCGGUGAUGACUAGCGGCGUGAACACAGUCGUGGGCUCCCGGGUUGGGCAGAUGGUGUUGAGCGGCGUGGAUGCUGUGCUGGGCAAGUCAGAGGAGUGGGUGGACAACUACCUGCCAAUGACUGACGAGGAGCUGGCCAAAAUCGCCACAUCCCUGGAAGGAUUCGACAUGGCUUCUGUGCAGCAGCAGCGUCUGCAGCAGAGCUAUUUUGUCCGCCUGGGAUCCCUGUCUUCUAAGCUCCACCACCGUGCCUACCAGCACUCUGUAGGCAAGCUGAGGCAAACCAAGCAGAGCACCCAGGAGGCACUUAUGCAGCUCCAGCAGGCUAUCAGCUUGGUUGAACAUGUUAAGCAGGGGGUUGACCAGAAGAUCCUCGAUGGCCAGGAGAAGCUGCACCAGAUGUGGCUCAGCUGGAACCAGAAGCAGCUUCAGGGGACUGAGGAAAAGGCAGCCCCGCAGCCUGAGCAGGUGGAGUCCCAGACCCUCGCCAUGUUCCGGGCCAUAACCCAGCAGGUGCAGGCCAAUAGCACCACCCUCCUGGCCAGUGUGCAGGGCCUGCCUGGCCACAUCCAGGAGCAGGUGCAGCAGGUGCGCCAUGCUGCCGAGGAGCUCCAUGCGGCCUUUGCCGGGGCUGGAUCCUUCCAGGCUCUUUCAGGCAGCCUCCUGAGCCAGAGCCGGGAGAAGGUUGGCCAGGCCCGGCAGGCCUUGGAUGAGAUGCUGGACUACGUGGCCCAGAACGCACCUGCUACAUGGCUGGUGGGCCCUUUUGCCCCAGCCCGCUCAGAGCUGCCACCUGCCCCAGAGGAGAAGGCGCAGCCCAACUAAAGCUUGUGGAAACAGCACGCUGAGCUGCUUGUGGUGCCUCCUCGAAAUCCUGUCACUUUUCUCCCCUGCCCUCUUCUCCCUUGAAGGAGUCCCAGGCUUCCCUGUAACUCUGAAACUAGCCACCUGCUGGGCUGCCAGACCACACCUAUUUGGGUCUCCAGGAAUGGCUGUAGUGCCCUCACCAGCUGUGCCUUUGCUUUAAAGUGCCAUGUCUCUGUCCAGGGGUUGGGGGAGAAUGCCUUUUUUUUUUUUUUUCUUCCACUCUUCCCUCCCCCCCUCCAUCCCCUGUCUUCAGGUUUAGAAUCACCAGAAUCCAAUCCAUCACCUGCAGAUGGAACAAGGGUUCCCGCUACUUCCAAAAUUACCUUUAAAUCUGAUUCCUCCUUGGCAGCUCGUCUUAAACUUCUCAUCUCUUAUGUGGUCCUGAGCCAUGUAUGGCUAUGAUCAGGCCACAGAGGGGAAAAUACUGAAGAGUGACUUCAGACAAGUAACUUACUCCUGAGGCUCUUACUACCCUCCCUCUUCUAUCCUCUUUCUCCUCCCCCACCCAACCUUCUCCCAUUCUUUGUUACUGCCAUGGGUUGGGUAGCUUUUUUACCACAAGCCUGUAAUUUUUUGGAAAAUAAACUUUUAACUGCAGUGAAA